GAGUAUGAGUCAAUGAACACCAAGAGAGCUUCGAAAAUCAAUUGAUACUGCUGCUAAUGUGGGCGAUCUACUCACCAUGUUGCUGCAGACAGGAAAAAUAGGAUGCUUCUAGUAGACCCAACCCUCUGUUUAUUACCAUUGCAAGGCAUAUAUACCUUGCAUGUGUUUAUGCAAGGCGUAUGUACCUCAUAUGCGUGCAUGCACACAAGCAUAAUACAGCGAGCAGCUGAU